CGAAUAAUCAUUCUAGUGAAAAUUUCCACUAAGAACAAAUCAAAAUGGCAUUCAAAGUUGUGAUCCUCUGCGCUUUUGCUCUCGUUGUCCAGACCAUCUCUGGUCAGAGUUGCGGCUGCUCAUGUGGCAGCUCUAGGGGCUCCAUCGGCUACGGCAGCGGCAGCUAUGGGGGCUCCAGCAGCUCUGUCAGCGCCAACUCCAUCUCCAUCCAGAAUAGCGGCGGCGACCUCCUCGUCACCAGCGUCGGCCCCAUCUCCCCCUCCGGCAUCUCUGUCUCCUCCGAGCUCAGCCUGAACGGAGACUUGGACGUUAGCGGGCAACUGCCGUUCCUGACCGCCGUGCAGUUCUCGGGCGAAUACGACACCAGCGGCUCCGGCUGCGUGGACUACAGCUGCGGCACCUGCGGGAACGUGGCCAUCACCAGCGUGCAGGGCAACUCUGGUUGUGGUUGUGGUCGCAACUAAGCCUUGCCACUUAAUUUCGACCUUUGCAUG